UCUAGGGAUGUUUUCUGUAUUCGCGGUACCGUUGUUCUUCUAUAUACCUGUGAUCCUUAUACGUACGGAUGGAGGUGUAGACUCGGGUGCGGGGCAUGGGCAGCAGAAUGAAGAUCAUGGAGGUGGUGCGGCUGCGGAGAGGCCUCGGGGCGCAGAGAGCAGGGGCGGUGAUGCAGAUGGACAUUGUCAAAGGUCAUCUGCGGCAGAUCCGACCGAUGACUCGGUGGACGCCGAUGGCGAUUCUCAAAUGGAGGAUGUCUGAGACUGCAACAAUGGUGGCAGGGAUGAAUUCGAGGUGUCAGUAAAGGUAUUCUGAAAUUUCUGAUGAAAGAGUUGAAUGGUUUUUGAGGUUGAUGGGUAAUCGAGAGUGACAUGCACAACGAAUGCAAUGAGCCGGGUGGGGUUAGGUACAUAAUGCGAUCUAUGGUAAUUAGUAUAGCUAGGAACGACCUGUUAGGGAAUAUAUGAG